AUGCCUACAACAAUCACGAUCGCGUUGGCCGACAUCGUCUACCCUCCGACGUCACCAAACAUCUCCAUCUCGCCGGGACCUGUCUUGUUGACACAAAAGAACACCUUGACCCCAAUUUCUCGCGCUGCAAUCCGAUUCAUAGCGCGAUGGGCACCCGACUUGAGUGCUACAGAGAUAGCUCAGGCCUUCAGCUCCAACGCGUCCGCAAUCCAUAAAGCGAUAAACUGCAAGUAUGACAGGAGUAGAGAUGAUCCCCAGGAGGACGAAUUGCUUAUUCCUGGGGAUUUUCGAGAGCGCUUGAUAUUCUUCUUGAGAGUGUACCAUAGCUCGAUGGACGACGAAAAACCUCGACCGCGGUCCGCGUCGAGGAUGUUGACACGAAGCCGCAGUCGCAGGCCUAGCAGGUCUGCACGCAGGAUAAUCGAGUCGGAGGACGAGGUCUCUGAGUUGGAAGAAGGGGAGGACGAAGAGGAAGAAUGGGAAGCUGAACCGACCGCGGAAUCCUCCAGACAAAGCGAGAAAAGCAAGGGCACCCCCAGCCCACAUGGUUCAACAAAGCAAAAACGAGCAUGCACCGUCGCCCCCGAGACGCCGCCCUGCCUGAAGCGUAAAGCCAACGGAAGCCCACCAAAGACGCCUGCUGCAAAACGAAAACGCAGCGUCACCGUCGCACCGGCUCCUGCGUCAGUCCCCGAUUCUGACGAGGGGCCAGAAGAUUUCAAGAAGCUGCAAGCAUUCUUCGCCGAGGCAGGAGACUACCAGCCGACGCAAUAUCUCUCUGACCUUGCGAACGCGGGUCUGGGGCCGGAGGAACUAUCGACGCUGAAAGGGAGGAAGGUCUCGAGUGUUUCAAGGAGGCUCGGUAGGAUGCUUCCUAGCGAGCUGAGCAGCCCCAUAAAGUUGAACGUCCUCGCCCAUACGAUUCAUAAUGCGAAGGAUGCUGCUUGGGAGAAGCUGCUUGUGGAUGAAGAGGACGAAUAG